AUGAUUGGCAAUAUAUUGAAUAUUCUUGUUUUUACUCAAUUAAAAUUAUUUCGCGAUAAUCGAUCUGCUUUCUAUCUAGUUGUUGAAUCGCUAUCAGAUUUAUUAUAUCAUUUUAUUUCAAUUGUUGCAACGAUUUUAACAGCAUUGUAUGGAGAUGAUAGAAUCGGAAAAAAUCUUAUUUGGUGUCGAUUACGAUUUCUUUUAACACAAACAGCUACGCUAAUGAUGUGUUACAUAAUCUGUAUUGUUGCUUGUGAACAAUUCAUGUCAACAAAUUAUCGUUUGAAAGAAUUGUGUACAAUUCGAUUAGCUCGUUAUCUCGUUUCUAUAUUUACAUGCUUGUCGUUCAUUCAUAGUAUGAUUUUUUGUUUAUUUCUUGAAAUUCAACCAAAUGUUGGCUGUAUUAUAUUAAAUUCUGUUUGGCUUAGAUAUGCAACAUAUUUUUUUUACCCAAUUUUGAUUGGUUUUUUACCUAUUAUAAUCGCUUCAUUAUUCAAUAUUUUAGCGUUUCGAAAUGUUCAUCAUAUAGUUCGCCGUCAAAUACCAAUUGCUCGACGUCGAUUAGAUCAACAAAUGACGACAAUGGUACUUGUACGCGUUAUAAUAUAUGUUUGUUUUUUAUUACCAUAUGUUAUCUAUCGCAUUUAUGCUAUAAAUGUUCCUGUUACGCAAAAUGAUCUUCUGAACUAUUCAAUACGACAAUUAAUUCAAACUUUAUUUCAAUCUUUAUCUGCUGUGAACUUUACAAUUAGUUUCUAUAUUUUUAUACUAGUAUCACCACGAUAUCGUCAUCAAAUAAAAUUUCUUUUGAUAAGAAAAUAUUGGCGAAAAUGUAAAUCUUAUUGCUGUGGAAAUAGAAAUCAAAUUGGACCGAUGGCAAUAGAUCCAAUCGAUGAAAAUAUAGAACUCGAAUAA